UGCAUCUUGUGGGGAGACAGAGUCGUCAUUCCAGAAAAAUUACAACAUACAGUUCUAAAACUGUUGCAUGAUGGUCAUCCAGGCAUCGUGCGAAUGAAGGCAUUGGCAAGAAGUUACGCAUGGUGGCCAGGUAUCGAUAAACAGAUAGAAGCCUGGGUGGCCACAUGCAACAAGUGCCAGGAAAUCCACGCUGCUCCACUGAAGGCACCUCCAACUGAAUGGGACGCACCUCGUGGUCCCUGGUCCCGCAUCCACAUUGACUUUGCGGGACCCACCAAGGGACACACUUUCCUCAUAACUGUGGAUGCCUAUUCCAACUGGCUCGAAGUCCACAAAAUGAAGAGCACCACCACAGAAGCCGUCAUUAAAAAAUUAAAUAGGCUAUUCGUUACGCACGGAUUGCCUGACGUUUUAGUCUCGGAUAACGGUCCCCAAUUCACUGCCCUAGCAUUUGAACAGUACCUAGCCGACCGGGGCAUCCGCCAUGCCUUAACUUCGCCGGCUCACCCUGCGGCCAAUGGCAGGGCUGGGCGCAUGGUCCAAUUCAUAAAAAAGACCUUGCACAAGAUGGAA